CAAUAUUUUCUCGGAAUACUAGAGUUUCAUGCCGACAGUGACCAAAAUCGGCAGAUUUUCCGUUGCUGUAUAUAUUAGCCGUUGCUUUUAGCCAUUUUUCAACGUCUUACACGAUGGAGGAAGAGUUUGAACCAUACGAGCCGACGCUACAGAACAUCAUCGCCCAGACAUCGCUAAAAUGGAUUUUCGUUGGUGGAAAAGGAGGCGUCGGCAAAACGACCUGCAGCUCUAGCCUAGCGGUGCAGCUGUCCCAACACCGGGAAUCCGUGCUUAUCAUAUCGACCGAUCCGGCGCACAACAUUUCCGAUGCGUUUGAUCAAAAGUUCACCAAGGUUCCCACGAAGGUGAACGGAUUCGAUAAUCUGUUCGCGAUGGAAAUCGACCCAAAUGUCGGGAUUAACGAACUGCCGGAUGAAUAUUUCGAGGGCGAUGCAUCCGCGCUAAACGUUGGCAAAGGUGUUCUACAGGAGGUUAUUAGCACGCUGCCCGGCAUUGACGAGGCUAUGAGCUACGCAGAAGUCAUGAAGCUAGUGAAAGCGAUGAACUUCUCGGUGGUUGUUUUUGAUACUGCUCCGACGGGUCACACUCUUCGUCUGCUGUCCUUCCCGCAGGUGGUAGAAAAGGGUCUGGGCAAACUGUUGCGCCUGAAGAUGAAGCUAUCGCCUAUCAUUUCGCAAAUGGGUGCUCUUUUCGGGAUACAAGAUUUCAACGGAGACACCAUCGCCAACAAGCUGGAAGAGAUGCUAAGCAUCAUCCAGCAAGUGAACGAGCAGUUCCACAACCCACAACAAACGACGUUCGUGUGCGUGUGUAUAGCCGAGUUUCUGUCGCUGUACGAGACGGAACGGCUCGUGCAAGAGUUGACGAAAUGUGGCAUCGACACGCACAACAUCAUCGUCAAUCAGCUGCUGUUCCAGCGGCAGGGACAGGUACCUUGCAGCAUGUGCUCGGCGCGUUGUAAGGUGCAGGAGAAGUAUCUGGAUCAGAUUGCCGACCUGUACGAGGACUUUCACGUGGUCCGGUUACCUUUGCUCGACGAAGAGGUGCGCGGCGCCGAGAAAGUUAAAAAAUUCUCCCGCAAUUUGGUCGUUCCGUACGUGCCUGAUGCGCCUACGCAGCAAUAAGGUCACUCUAGCACUUUGUUUUGGGUUGA